AUGGAAUUCGAGACGGAGUUGUUCCGCGGGAAGAUUGUGUGUCGAUUUAAAGGCGUGGAGGACGCGCACACGAAGACGUCGAGCGAGUUUUAUCGGGUGAAAAAGUGCACGUUUCAAGUGUUGGUCCAGGGAAAGUUUAAGGAAAAAGUCAAGGUGAGCGACAUGCUCACGGGCGGAGAAUUCGAUCGCGCGUUUGAGAACAUCCCGCCGCGCACUUUGGUGUUCGCGGGCGAGCAAUUCUUCAAGCUUCUCACGCCCGGGCUUUCGGUGGACAUGCUGUGCGAUGUGCCGUACUACUACGCACCGCUAGGUUCGACGCUGAGCGUGUUAGCGGCUCACGCAGAAGAAGACGCGCCGGAGCCGACGGCGGAGAUCGGCGAAGACACGCGCCGAUUCGGCGGUCGGUUCGCGACGCCGAAGACGAUUGACGAGCGGUGCGCGAUAUUUUCUGACCCGAGCGAAAAUGAGGAGUAUUACUUCAACACCGAAGACGUCUACACAAUGGACUAUUUCCAGAACGUCCUUCUCUUCGACGAGUACGUGUUGGACGUCAAAGUCACGCAGCUACCCCUCGCGCGAUGUCUCAACGGCCAGCCAAUCAGUUUCUUCGGCAAACAUCGCGAUGGGCGCUACGCGUAUUCGUUUGAGAUUUGGCACGAGUGUCUCCUUCCGAAAGCCCCCGAACGAACGCCCAUAGGAACCCCGUGGCCGCAGAGCGAUCACCGCGAACGACCUAGCCCUCAGCAGUAG